AUGGAAGUUUCGGAGGAGGAGGAGGACACCGCGUGCGUAAUCGAGGGUGUUCCAGGCACCGGCCCCCUGAACGGCGAUGUGAAGAGAAGCCUCGCCAAGUAUUUUGAAAUCAAGAGGAAAUCUGGCGGAGGAGAGUGCACCGUCGAGGAGAAGGAUGGAACCGUCGUGGUGAGGUUCAACAGCACAACAGUGCGAGACCGUGUUCUGCAACGGAACCCGCACACUAUCGAGCUGCCUGGGUUUGGCACGAGGCAGUUGACACUCCAGCCCUAUUGUCAAGUGCCACCAGUCCCUCCUCCACAAUCGGAGUCAAGUUCAACAACAGAUGCAAAUGAAUUAAGAUGUGAAAAUCUUGAUUCAUCUACAUUUGAAGGGGAAGGGGUAGUUGUGUGUGUUGCUGGCGAGUUUGGAGAUGAAUACCUGAAGCUAUACGCAGAGAAUGUCACAAAAGAGACAGUUGAUGUCUACCCCCUGACCAAAACCAAAAUCUGGCUGGACUGCAGCCAGGAAGCUGUACAGAAGAUGCAGGCAGUUAAAGAGCAUGCCAUUGGGGGAAAAAAGGUGCAAAUCUCUGUCUACUCAUCUGCGGGGAUAGAUGCGAUUAUUGACAAGCAGCGGCUGAUUCUGACAGGAUUUCCAACAACCAUCCAAAGGGAAAUGAUCAACUUAUAUGUGGCAUCCAUCACCGAUGCUGAAGUCUGUGAUAUAGAAUACCUGAAGGGUGGGGAAGUAGCUGUAGUCACCUUCAUAAACCCAAUAGACUGGAAAUCAGCAUUGAGGAUGUGUGCCAAGAGGCCAUUGGUUCAGGCCAAAAUCACGGCGACAAUGCUCGAGGCGUCGAACUGUCUGCUGGUGGAGGCUUCGAACGGGAGCCUGUGUGAAGACCUUCUUACUUUGUAUUUUGAGAACUCAGCUAAGAGUGGCGGCGGCCCCCUCACCGAGGUUAAUUUGGAAAACAGCAAAACAACUGCUUACCUCUCAUUCUUCGAACCAGCAGUGGCUCAGGAAGUUGUGUCAAGAAAACACAAAUUAAAUGAAGCAGAACUGAAGGUCUAUCCCUACUAUCAUGCAUUAGCUUCGACUCUUGGAAAACAAAUUCGAACAGCAAAGCCUGAACCAUUUGACCUUGUAGUUGAUUCUGAGAUUAUUCAGUUUAUUUCAAAACAUAGUUCUUCAAUGGAUCAGCUGAAAGAUAUUCUAAAGAAAGCAAACACUUCAUUUUCUCUUGGCUCAAAUGGUACAAUUACUUUGACAUCCAAACUGGACGAAUGCGCAGUCAAUUUUCAGAGCCUCGCUUCAAAGUGGCAGCAAACUGCAAAAAUAUGUUUUCUAAAAUUCUGUGAAAUGUAUUCGAAGACAGUUUUGCCCUGCUCUAAAGCUGCAUGGGAAAGGGUUAAACAAGAAGUCUCAAAUCAUGAUAAUGUGCUGGUUGAUUAUGACUCUCAACAAGCACAUAUAAUUGUUUCUGGAAGAAAUCAGGAUGUGCAAGAUGUUUGCAAACACACGAAGCCCAUUGUAAAGAAAGUUCAGGAUGACCUCUUAAAGGAGAGUCAGAUUAUCAGUGAUCGCAUAUCACUAGAAAGUCCAGACAAAUAUAAUUUAAUCCAGAUGCUGGAAAUUGAAGCAGAUCUUCGUGCCAAGUUUAAAGAAUCAGAAUUAACAUUUGAUGAAAAAUCAUAUUCCUUGACAGUCAAAGGCAUGCCACAAGAUUGCCAGAAAAUUAAGGAUAAAAUAUCCAAACAUCUGAAGGGUAUAUCAAGCAAAGAAGUUAAAAUGUCGAGUAAUAUUGUAAUGUUUUUUAAAAUGUUAGGCCGGGAUAUUUUAAAUGCAAAUUUAUUUUCUAAUAGGAUUCAUGCAAAAAUACAAUUAAAAAAUAACAAUUCAAUCUCCAUAACUGCUUUUGCUAAUCAGUUAGGAAAAGCAGAAUCCUUUAUAGAGGAAACAUUUACAGAGGAAUCGUUUCCCAUUCCAGAAGAGUCCAUGCAUGCAACGCGAGGUAGGGAGUGGACUGAUUUGCUCAGUAAUCUCGAAGAAAAUAAGGUUGAUAGCAUUUUGCAAGUGUUUAUCAACAAAAGCCUAGAUGAUGCUGGUUUGUGCACGAAAGUAAGUGUUGCAGGUUUUGGCAAUGCUGUGGAUCAGACAUGCCAAGAACUUGAUGACUUCUGUGAAAAACACUUAAGAAUUACUGAGAAAAUUUUUAUAAAGUCAAAAAAUAUAUUAAAAUAUUUGCAAGAAUAUGAAAAAAUAUUUGAAGAUCAAACACUGUUGAACAAGAAUGUCAAAACGUUGAGUGAAACUUUUCUUGAAGUCAGUGGACACCCUCAUGAUGUUGACGAAAUAAAAAACUUAUUUGACAAAAAAAUUUCUGAAAUUGUAUUAAAGUCAGUUAAAUGUAACAAACCAGGUGCAGCCAAGUAUAUGCGAGAAAACGAAAGUGUUAUCAAAAGUAUUGCAGAAGGAAACCAGAAGUGCAUGGUCUUGAUUGAUGUUGGAGCUGCUGCUGCUUCUCGGCAGGUUGGGAUGCAGCUGAAAUGCCAGGAGGUUUUAUCUGCCAACCUUACCAUCUCGAUAUACAAAGGAGAUAUCUUAAAAAGUCAGGCUGAUAUCAUCAUUAAUGCCGCUGAUACAAAAAUGUGCUUCAAAAGUGGCUUCGGAAAAGUCCUUUCAGAAGCAGCAGGCCCAGACACGUCAAGAUCUUGUGCUCAGUACAUUCGGGACAAUGGAGAACCACAACCUGGUGAAGCUGUCAUAUCUGUGCCAGGCAAGCUGCCUUGCAGAAGUGUAGCUCAUGUUAUUUGUCAACUUUUUGAGAAAUGUAAUGGAAAUGUUGACAUGUCCAAGGUUAAUCAGCUGAAGCAAGGGCUCAAAAAGGCCCUGAAGCUGGUGGGAACACGUGGGCACCAAUGUGCUGCAAUGCCAGGCCUCGUGUUUCACAACAGUGGAUAUCCGUUAGAAGUUUGCGCCAAAGCACUGAUAGAUGCUGUUGCUGAAUUUGGCCAAGUCAAUGAUCCUGGAAAUUGUCUGACUGAUGUCUUCUUUAUUGAUUUGAACGAUAAUGUAGUCCAUGCUCUAGUAAAUGCACUUUUGUCAAAGGUAGGCAAAGCUCCAAAAGCAACUCCACAAACAGGAUUAACAUUUUCAUUGCCAGCCUCUGUUAAAAUCCAAAGUUCUACAGCAGCACCAACCUCUUCAACCUGCAUGAUCACAAAAGAAGGCCUUAAUAUCUCCUUGGUUAUUGGCAGCAUUGAAAAUGAAAAUUCCGAUGUCAUCAUAAACACAACCUCGGCAAACAUGAAGAUGGAUUCUGGAGGGGUGUCCAGUGCCAUUUUCCGUAAGGCCGGCCCAACACUGCAGACUCUCGUUGACACUGAGAUUCAGGGCCAGUCGAUUGGUUCUGGGAAGAUUGUGAAGACGGAUGUGACGGGUCUCAAUCUCCAAUGCAAGGCGUUGUACCACACCACCCUGGGUUCCUGGGACAAUGGGAAUCAUCUAAGAAAAUGCAUGAAACGUAGCCUGGAGAUGGCCCAUCGUGAUGGGGUUUCUUCCAUCUCCUUCCCAGCACUUGGCACAGGAAAUCUCAAAUACUCGCCCUUGAUGGUUUCAAGUUUCAUGUUUGAAGAAGUUAUCAACUUCAGUCAGAAUCACCAGGGCACAACACUGAAGGACAUCCGAUUUGUGAUAUUCUCCAAAGAUCAGCUCGUCAUUUCAGAUUUUCAGGCUGAGCUGGCUCAACGACUCUUAGGCAAGACAUCUAUUCCACCAACAUUAAAUAUCACAUCAAAAGCAGCGCAGAGGGCUAUUGGAAACAUCUCAGUGGAGGUGGUGGAUGGAGACAUCACCAAAGAGAAAGUAGAUGCUAUUGUAAACUCCACGAACACAACGUUAGACCUUGAUUCAGGUGUGUCAAAGGCCAUCUUGGCAGCAGCUGGACCCACAGUUGUGUCGGAGCUUGCUAUCUUUGGAGCGCAGCCUGCCGAUGGUGUUGUGACCACCUCAGCAGGGAGUCUGAACUGUCAGAAAAUUGUGCAUAUGGUUGGACAAACAGACUUUGCCAAGAUGACUAACUCUAUACUCAAAGUCCUGGAUGAGUGUAGCAAGUUGAAUUGCAACUCCGUUUCUUUCCCUGCACUCAGCACAGGCAAAGGAGGGAUCAAGCCAGGGCCUGUGGCUGAUACAAUCCUGGAGGCGUUUGAGAAGUUUUCCUCGCAAAAUCCACAGUCAAAUGUGUCUCACAUCCGCAUCAUGGUUCUUCAGCCUGCCAUAAAGACUGCCUUUACCCAAGCCUUAAUACAUUUCCAGCCAGGUGGCAAAAAGGUGCAGCCACCUCAGACAUCAACUAUUGCAGAAAAUUAUAUUCGGCAAUAUGGUCUGAAGCUGCAUGGUGCCACUGUGGAGGCAGUGAGCGGUGACAUCACGAAGGAGACGACAGAUGUUAUUGUUAACUCCACCACAAACGCUCUUGUCUUCACAUCCGGUGUUUCUGGAGCAAUUCUGAAAGCAGCAGGACAGGUUGUCGUGGAUGAAUGCACCACACUCGGCCCUCAGCCAGGUGAUGGGGUGGUGGUCACCAGCAGCGGAGCGCUGAGCUGCAAACACAUCGUCCACAUGGUGGGGCAAACCAAUCCAGCCAGCAUAAAGUCCUCUGUGCUCAAAGUGCUGCGUGAGUGCGAGAUGAAGAAAGUCACCUCCGUGUCCUUCCCUGCCACAGGAACAGGUGCUGGGAGCGUGCCCGCUGCGGUGGUGGCUGAUGCUAUGAUGGAGGGCAUUGAGGAGCACGUCAGGGUUCACACAUUGACGAGCCCCCUCAAGCGCAUCCGCUUCGUCAUCUUCCAGCCUGAGAUGCUGAAAGAUUUCCAGCAGGCCCUCAUUAAUACGUCCCAAAUGACAGUGAGCAGUACUGGAACUGGAACGAAGACUCCUUCACCUCAGCCUCCUCAGCCUGCACAUCCUAAACCUCCACUUCCACCAAAGAAAACUCCGCAAAUAAAGUCUUCAUAUAACAAUGAGGCGGUUACAAUAUACGUCUAUGGAAAGCUCCAAAAGGAUGUUGACGAUAUUUGCGAAAAGACGGAGGGAUUUCUUGAUAAAAACUGCAUGGCCUACAAUAUUAACAUUGAUUGUGUGGAAUCCUUGGACAAACAGGAAUUGAACAAACUGGAGACAAUUGAAAAGACGUGUGAUGUAAGGGUCUCAAUUAAGACUUCUCACAUCUCUAUUGAGGGGCUGAAUUCCGACGUUUGUAACGCUAUCGUUGAUGUGACUCAAGUGGUCAAUGAAUUGAAGAUAAAAUUGGCCAAGGAAAAUUUUGAACUGAAUUACGUUCCCAAACCGGAAUUGCCUGCUGAUUGGGCACAAAUGCAAGGAACCGAAUUCCUGAAAGUUACCUUGAGCGUGCAGUCACCAGAAUAUCAACAAGUUCAGGCUAACUUCAUGAAAUCGGUGACAAACUUAAAGAUAAUUAAGAUUGAACGAAUUCAAAACCUCAAACUUUACAAUACCUACCAGGCCAUGAAGACGUCCAUUGAGAACAGUAACAAAGGGCAAGGAACAUGUGAGAAGAACCUGUUCCAUGGUACACAGGUGGAUUCCAUCGACAACAUUUCUCAUUUUGGAUUCAAUCGCAGCUUUGCUGGCAGGAAUGCGACAGCAUAUGGUGUAGGGACGUACUUUGCACUGAACUCUUCAUAUUCGUCAAGUGACACGUACUCCAAACCCGAUGCCAAUGGAACCAAGUACAUGUACCAGGCCCGUGUUCUCACUGGGUCUUACUGCGCAGGGAACCUCAGCAUGAAGGAGCCCCCACUGAAAAACCUACAGAAUAAAACGGAACGCUUUGACUGUGUAGUAGACAAUCCCACCGCACCAUCCAUAUUUGUCAUCUUCAAUGACAACAUGGCUUACCCAGAGUACCUGAUUUCAUUUUCUAAAUAAAGCAUAAUUAAUGUUCCCUUCUGAUGCACACAUUCUACUGUUUUGUGCUCAUAUGAAACAAACUUACUUCUUAUGUCCAUUUGUGCAAUAUCUUCUGCAUCCUCCAUUUCCUUACCCCAGCUGCCACUGAAACAUUCAUCCACACUUUCAUCACAUCCUGACUCGACAAUUGCAACUCUCUCCUCUACAGCCUCUCCAAAUCUCUCAUCUUUGAACUCCAGAUGAUCCAAAGUGCCACCGCCAAAAAGUAAACGAGACCAUGUCACCCCUAUACUCAUAUCACUCGACGAGCUCUGAUCAGUUUCAAAAUCAUAAUCUUUAAGAUCCUGCAUGGAUUCGCUCCUUCCUACUUCUCUCAUCUCACCAUACAUCUCUCCAUGCACUUAACUCCAAAAACCAAGGCUAUCUUCUCCUGCUCUCAUUGUCCAGUUGUGCUUUCCACCAGCCACCUGUGUUGUCAACUCCCUGCCUUGUUCAAUACUAGUUUUGGGCCAUCCAAUUAUUGAAGUAAAGUACUGUCAUUUAUUUCUACCCAUUAUCAGUUUUAUUUCUCGACUCAUCGGAUAACAUUAAAAUAGUUUGGGGCAAAAGUAGCAUAUGUGAUGACAUCCUCUACAUUAUCAGGCACGUCAUACUUAGGCAUGGCUUGUAAGGGUUUUCCCAGCUAAGGGAGGCAGGGUAUAGGAGAAGCCACACAUUUUAAAGUGGCCCGAGUAACUGACCACAACAAAGCGGUCAAUUAACAUUUUCAGUCCAGCUCUACUCCAGAUAGAUCUUUUAUCUUCUAAAUAUGCCCAGUUUCUGUACAAUAUCUUGCGAUGCAAUUGUAUUUAGAUUAUAUCUAAAUCCAAAUUAUAUAAUACAGCAUCUUUAGCUCGAAUUGCAUGUACAUUCAGUACUUUAUAAACCCACAAUUGUGCUGAAAACUGAUUGCCGUUUUUAAAUACUGUAAUUACAAUCUAACCACUGCAAUGUAGUAGUGUUGUUUUGAUCACAAAUUCUUCAAAAAUAACUUGAUGUUCUAAUUAGAUAUGUCAAUAUAUUAAUUGCAAACAUACAUUUGUAAUUUAAUAUGUGAAUUGGAUAAAGGCAAUAGUUUACUGUUUACAACCAUAUUUGCAUUGAUCUAUUUUGUUCUACUAAAGCAAGGCCAUCAAAUACCAAUUUACAUUAUGCUAAACGUAUUACUAUUAUGCCAUGAUAGUACAUCAUUUUGGAUUAAUCUAUUACUUGGAUAUCAACGCACAAAAUUUAUGAAAUAAAUUAAGCAAAUUUUGUUAUAUUUCAUAGGAAUUAAGCCAUUUUAAUACAUAUGCAUUGUUAUCAAUUUAUGGUGAUUAAACAGACAAAAGUCUCUAAACCCUAGACAGUAACGACUGUGUAAUAUGGAACUAGUGGUAUAUUGGGCAUGUGGAUGGCUGUCAAAUUUGCAUACACCAUAUUUUUGCUCACCCUACUGCUCAACUUUCUUAACAGCUGAUAAGUUCCACAUCACACACUUACGCCACACAGCUUGCACAAAGACAAGUUUGUCCUGAUUUUUAACACGUGACAUGGCUGACCUCCCCUGUCUUGAGUCAUAUAAACUUUAUACAGAAGGUUCACGUGGGACAAUUAACAGGGUGCAAGUUAUAAAAUAAGAACAUUCAAAUAAUCAAAGUACAGUCAUUUUGUCUCGGGAAAAUCAAAUACUGUAUAUUUUUUUAUGAGGCAGAUUCUGCUUAAAAGUUCUUUAAAUAUCUACAUAAUUUACAUAUUUACUGAACUGUGCUAUGCUAGGCAUUCCGCAUUCGCUGCUGGAGAAACCGGUUUUAUAAUGGGGUUUUAAAAAUUUAAUAUCGUCGAUAUCACAGUUUAAUGAACAAAAAUGUACCGUAAAUUGGUGUCCUGGACAUCACGACUUUAAAUGAUAACACUCAUAAUAUUCUGUAAUAUUUUUCUUGUACAUUAUGGUUAAAACUAUUCGGCGCAAUAAUUGUAUUAAAGUUAUACUGGUGUGGUAUGA